GUGUUGAUGUGUCCACGUGAUGUCAUCAGGAAUUACCUUUGAUAGGUCUCGGGGACCACAACCUUAACACAGAGCCUUUGUCAAAAACUCAGGUAGGACAGUUUGAGUAUUCAUUAUAAGGUGUGAUGAGACAUAGAGACGAUUCUUUUACAAUUAUAUUUAAUUUUUUGUUCAUUAACCAUCUCUUGUGAACCAAGAAAUAUUUUUUCUCAAUGUACUCGAGUGACGCACAGCAUCAAACUUUGUAUUGUGCUACAAUCAUUGCUUUUUUUAUAUGCGAAAUUCUCUCUCGCUCUCGCUCUCUCUCUCUCUCUCUCGCUCUCUCUCUCACCUCCAGUCUUUUCGCUAACUAGGAAGCGCACAGUCGCCGCUUUAUGAGCCGGACCCCGAACAGCUCUUUUUCUCCGUGUCGGUGGCUCGGUACUCGGUGCUGUCUUUACGGACUAUACGGUGUAGAUGUAGUCGGUAGCCGGAGCUCACGGCAGGAGACUCGGUUGUCGCCCUUCGCGGUAUGGAGGACUACUGCUGCGCGGAGCCAGAGAAGCUGGAAGCGUGGCUGGACGAUCACUUGGAGUUCACCCACUCCUACUUUAUCAGGAAGGCUUCAAGGGAGAUGGUGAAUGGCUGGUUUGCUGAGCGCGUCCACUCCAUCCAGCCAUCUGCCUCUAAAGACAAUCCUCUACACCAGCGAGCCCACCAAUUUUCCACAGACUCAACAUCCCCGUCUGCCUCCAGCAUUCUUCCGGCCACCCUCUGCUUCUUGGACAACCGUUGCCCUUCCCUGACCACAGACCCUAGUCUGGCCCCCGUCACACCGACUCGCAAGAUCUCGGCAUCCGAGUUUGACCGCCCACUCAGACCCAUCGUGGUUAAAGACUCGGAGGGCUCUCUGACGUUUCUGAGUGAGGCAGACUACCAAACUGUCCCUGUCCGGGGGGGUGCAGUGAUGGGUGAGCGUGGUGUCAGUGGGGGAGGUAGUGGCAGCGGCGUUGACCGCUGCGCAAGGCUGCUGGAGCUGGUGAAGGACGUGUCAAGUCACCUGGAUGUGACAGCACUCUGCCAUAAGAUCUUUCUCCACAUCAAUGAGCUGAUGGCCGCGGACCGCUACUCGUUGUUCCUGGUAGGAGAGGACAGCUCCAAUAGGAAGUUUUUGGUCAGCCGCCUGUUUGACGUAGCUGAGGGAUCUACACUGGAGGAGUCUUCCAGUAGCUGCAUCCGCCUUGAGUGGAACAAGGGCAUUGUGGGACAUGUUGCCACAACAGGGCAGUUGCUCAAUAUCAAGAACGCUUACAAGGACCCAAGGUUCAAUGCUGAGGUGGACCUGAUCACAGGUUACAAAACUCAAAGUAUCCUUUGCCUUCCUAUCAAGAAUCACAGAGCCGAGGUAGUUGGAGUGGCUCAGGCUAUCAAUAAAAAAGGUGGGGAGGAUAGUGCCUUCAGUGAACAGGAUGAAAAGGACUUCUCAGCCUAUUUAGCCUUCUCGGGCAUCGUCUUGCACAACGCUCAGCUCUACGAGACAUCGCAACUCGAAAACAGACGCAAUCAGGUGCUGUUGGACCUGGCCAGUCUGAUCUUUGAGGAACAGCAGUGUCUGGAGGUUUUGCUGAGGAAGAUUGCAGGAACCAUCCUGUCCUUCAUGCAGGCCCAGGCUUGUACCAUCUUCAUUGCUGAUGAUGACUCCAUGAACUCCUUCUCCAGUGUCUUUUAUAUGGAAUACGAGGAGCUACGUGAAAGCCUUGAUGCCCCCAAAAGGGACUGUGAAGUCAAGCAGAUUAACUACAUGUAUGCCCAGUAUGUCAAAAACACCAUGCAGCCUCUCAACAUUUCCGACGUCACCAAGGACCAACGUUUCCCUUGGACACGGGAUAACCCAGAUCACACCAGCAACCAGAUAAAGAGCUUGCUCUGCACUCCAAUCAGGAAUGGCAAAAAGGACAAAGUCAUAGGUGGGAUCUCUUUCUCUCUCUUUUUCUAGUGCUUUAAAGUACUU